GUUACAGAUUACAGCUCAGUUAAUAUCAAAGUAUCCCAUGAGUCUUCCUGACAGUGAGCUACCUCCCUUACUCAAUGUACUUCACCAGCUACUGCCUCAGCAGCGCCGAGGAGAAAGAAUGCCUUAUGUGCUGAAGUGUCUUACAGAGGUAGCUUUGUGCCAAAACCAGAAAACUGAUUUGAAGAGCACCCACAAGUUGGAGCUCCAGAGAACCUGGGCAAAGAUUUGGUCUCUUACCAUUCGUAGCGUAAGUUUCCAGCAAAUUGAAGUGGAAAGCUUUGGGCUACUUGGAGCUAUGAUUCAAGGAAGCCUUGUUGUAACAGAUAAAGAACUCUGGAAGAUAUUUUCAGGAUCUGCAUGCAAACCUUCAAGUUCUGCUGUAUGCUGUUUAUCAUUAGUGAUGUCUGCCUAUUCAGUGCCAGAAAAUUUGGAUGUAGGAAUGGAGCAUAAUAGUUGUGAAAGAAAUCUGGGUUCUCUGUUAAAGGAGGCAGUGAUGAAAUGGGUACUGUCCUACUACAUGGAGGAAGAAAUGGAAGAAUGUGCAGAGUUGCCUCCUGUGCUCUGCAGUGACUUUCCCCAUCUUGUAUUACAAGAAAUUCUCGUGAGCCUUACAAUGAAGAACUGUAGAGCUGCCAUGAUUUUUUUCCAAAAUGAUGCUAAAUGUGUGCAACACUUGCAAAGGAAAGAAGAAAACAGUUUUUCUGAUGUUGAAGAGCUGUAUCUGCAGACAACUUUUGAUGAAAUGGAUAUUUUCACUAACUUUGCAGUAAAUGUUGCAGAUAACAAAGUGACUGGUUCAAGACUUGCCAUCAACCAAAAUCUUAGGGAAACACUAGAGUAUUGUCUUUUAGCAAUGUCAGAAAAGCUUUUAAGCAGCUAUGCUCCCAAGGUGGUUGCUGCAGAACACCUUGUCCGAUGCGUCAGUCUCUUGAUUGGUGUUCUUGGUUGCUACUGCUACACUGGUAUAUUUAAAGAAGAGGAUGCCUGUAAAUCAAAGUUGUUCCAGAAUGCUACGUCUCUCAUUCAUUAUGUUGGAGAAAGUAUUUCUCAGUCUAAAAACAAACUCAAUGAAGAUGCCCAGGUCAACUCACUGAGGACUUUGAUAAUGCAGUGUACAAAAUGUUUAUGCAGUUGUACCAAGAACAGUGCUAAUAAGAUGCUGUCUAAAAUAUUCCUGCGUUUGUUAACAUCAAAAUUUAUGAAUGAUCUCGUAGAUAUUUGCAAAAAUCUUAUGACAUUUACUGGAAAACCCAGUGAACUGGAUCUAACAGGGAAUGAUCCUGAGGAGAGUGUAAUGGAAGUAGAUAACCAAUCAUCUGAUGAUCUAUUUGAUGAUCAUUCAGUGACUGACGUCAGUGAUACGAAUGAAUCUGGUGAGAUGCAAAAUGUAACAGGUGCUUUGAGCCCAUUAGCUGAAGAACAGUUGACAAAGCAGGAUUUACUUCUCCUUGAAAUUCUGAGGUUCUUAUGCAUUUGUGUAGCUACAGUCCAAGUUCAGACAGUGAGCUUCCGAGCUUCUGAUAUACGGAGGAAGCUGUUAAUGCUUACUGAUGGCAGUGUCUUUGACAGUGCUAAGCCAUUGCACCUGCACAUGUACUUGGUGCUUUUGAAGGAGCUCCCUCUUGAAGACGACCUCUUGCCUGAAGAUGAUGUUCUUAUGCUCCUUAGGCCACUUUCUGCUGUGUGUUCUUUGUACCGUCGAGAUCAAGAAGUUUGUAAAGUAAUUCUAAAUAAUUUGCUUCCUAUAGCAGUAGGGUUGGCCCAGUCUAACACACAUGCUGAAGAGACACAGGAUGCUCAAGGACAGUUUUUGACAGUUGUUGGAGCCUUUUGGCAUUUAGCUCAAGGAGGGAAGUGCACAGCACCAGUUAGAGUGGCUCUUUUGAACUGCAUGAAAGCCCUGCUUGAGGCUGAUCCUCAUUGCAAGUGGGCGAUCCUUAAUGUGAUAAAUAAAGAUCUCCCUGUGAGUGAUGCUUUCCCACAUUUUCUCGCAGAUAGUCACCAUCAAGUUCGCAUUCUUGCUGCAAAGUCGAUUACCAGUUUAUUUCAAGAUGUGAAACAGAGGGAUUCUUCUGGAAUGUCAAAACCUCUUCCCUUGAAGCUCCAGCAAAAGGCUUUUGAGAAUGCGUAUCUCAGAGUUCAGGAAGGAAUGAGAAAUCUGGUACCAACCUCUAAUCUUUUGGACAAACAGUGUAAUGGAAAAGCAGUUUUGCUGAUGCUUAUAACCAUGGUUCUGUGCUGCAGUCCGGUCUGUGAAAAGCAAGCUUUGUUUGCUGUUUGCCAGUCCGUAAAAGAGAAUGGAUUAGAACCUCACCUUGUCAAAAAGGUUUUGAAAAAAGUAUCUGACAUUUUCGGCUAUAAAAGCAUAGAAGACUUCAUGACAUCACAUUUAGACUAUUUGGUGAUGGAGUGGCUGAAAAUAAAUGACAGCGGGUAUAGCCUGUCUGCUUUUCCUUAUGUUCUCCUGAACUAUGCUAGCCUUGAGGAAUUCUACAGGUCCUGUUACAAAGUUCUGGUUCCACACCUGGUGAUUAGAAGUCAAUUUGAAGAUGUGAAAUCACUUGCCAACAAGAUUGAAAAAGACUGGCGGCAGGUUCUAGCAGACUGUUUUCCAAAGAUACUUGUGAAUAUCCUCCCAUAUUUUGCCUAUCAAAGCCAUGGAAAAGAAGUAGCAGAGCAAAGAGAUACAGCGUCUAAAGUCUAUGACAUGCUAAAGGAUGAAAACUGCUUAGGAAAACAGCAAAUUGACACUUUAUCUCAUAAUAACUUACCGGAGAUUGUGGUCGAACUGCUGAUGACCUUACAUGAACCACCUGAUGCUGCGGUAGAAGAAGGAGCUCAUUUAAGUAAAUAUAUAAGGGAACUGGAUCCUGCUCCUAAUCCUCCUCAUUUUCCAUCUUACGUGAUUAAGGCAACCUUGGACUAUAUUAGCAACUGUCAUAAAAGCAAGUUAAAAAGUCUUGUAGCAGUUCUUUCUAAAAACCCUGAUUCAUUCCAGAAAAUCCUUCUAUCCCUUUGUAAACAUGCAUCAGAUACAAACAACAUUUACAAGAAACACAGAGUUCUUACCAUUUAUCACUUGUUUGUUAGUCUGUUACUUAAAGAGAUAAAAGAUGGGUUAGGAGGAGCAUGGGCUUUUGUCCUCCGAGAUGUAAUUUACACGUUGAUUCACCACAUCAAUAGCAGACCUGUUGUUAUCAGAGACAUAACCAUGCGAAGCUUUUCGCUCUGUUGUGAUCUUCUUCAUCAUGUGUGCCACACAGCGGUUACGUGUUGCAAUGAUGCUCUAGAGAGCCACCUUCAUGUUAUUGUAGGAACCCUAAUACCUCUUGCCGUGGAGCAGCCAGAGAUUCAGGAGCAG